CCGCACACCCAUCCUACAUAAGCGGAUAUAUCUCCUGUCCUUUAUGAGAUAUUUAUUUACAGUGUCUGUUUUUGGCCUGUCAAUUCACCUCCAACACCUGAGUUCUAAUAUUAUCCUGUUUCAGUUUCUUGUUAGUGCAUUGGGCAUGUUAGUCAGUGUUAUUGGACAUUUUGUUCUUAAUCACAUGGGACGUAGGUUAACCCACCUGGUUCCCACGUCCCUGACGGGAAUCUUCAUUCUGACUGCUAUAUUUGCACCUCAAGAAAUGCAGAUGCUGCGUAUUAUUAUGGCCACAUUGGCAGGAGCACUUUCUGCUUCAUGCAUGGCUGUCAAUCGUCUACAUACCAGUGAGCUACUCCCGACCACAUUAAGGGCAACAGGUAUAGGAGUCAUUUCAAUGAUGGUUAAUUGUGGAUUAUUCCUGUCCCCGUUGUUUAUGAUGCUAGCGAAAUACUCUGACAAAUUGCCCUGGAUCUUCUAUGGAGGCUUUUCCAUCCUCAAUGGGUUUAUAGUGUUUCUCCUUCCUGAAACCAAGAAUCAACUUCUUCCUGACUCCACCCAUGAUAUAGGAAAUGAUUGGGAAGAAUCAAGACAAGCAAAGGAGGAGGAUCUCAUCAUUAAAGUCACAAAGUUUUAAGGAACUCCUGGAAUUGUCAUCUGAUUAAAGAAUAAGAGAAAAAAUGGUGUUCAGGACAUG